AUGAACACAAUAAUGGACAUUUUAAACAGAGUCGUGCGUGCGGAGGAAAGCUACUUCACCGACGGAGCUGGCAGAGAAAAAUUGUUGGAGGACAUGAAGCAGCUUCGCAAAGAAUACAAGGCUUCAAUGCCCAGUAAUGCCGGAAGAGAGGGAAUAAAGUUCAAAAUGGCACUAUUGUUUGUUCUUGGGAAGGUAAAACAUAAGAUUCUGUUUGAGGACAGACUUAUGGAGGUUAUAGACUCCGAGAUGACUUUCAUUAAAGGAUGUGUGAAAAGCAUAAUCUCUGAGCCUAUAAGGAUCGGCCCUGUAGAGGCUACCAAAUACGUUCAGCAGGAGGCGGAGCACAAGUGCUCUAAGCCAAAGACCAGAGCCAACUUCCCGAUGGAUACAUCCCAACUUCUGAGAUCCUGGCUCAAGGAGAACAUGGAUAAUCCAUACCCGUCAGAUGCAGAAAAAGCCUAUCUUUGCCAGAAAACCGGGCUUGGGCCGGCACAAAUCAACAACUGGUUCAUAAAUGCCAGGAGAAGAAUUCUGCCGUUCAUGAAAGGAAAGUGUACCAAUUUCAGCAAAUAA